UGGCCCCCAGAAGACGCAGAACAACUUUCACUUCCAGUCUGAAAAAGUUUGUCUGCUCCUUGCGGUCCAGGUGACGUCUCUCCAUCCCCCAUGAUGCCGCGCGGUUAGAGGGAAGUAAGAUGGCGGCCGUGAUGUGUGGAAAAUCCUCCCCCAGUCCGUUCCCGCGGGUUCUCCGGCUGUCCUGGCUCCUGCUGGCGGGGCUGAUGAUGGUUCUACCCGCCGCACAUUCCCAGGACGGGCCCAAGACGACGCCACAGCCGGCCAUCCCCGUCAUGCCGACCGAGAAGGACUCGGAGAGAGCGGCGGAGGAUGACCACAAGUUGGACAGUCUGAACCUGAUGAUGUUUCUGUUCCUGCUGGUGUUGACUAUCCUGACGAUCUGGCUGUUCAAACACAGAAGGUUCCGCUACCUACAUGAGACGGGCCUGGCCCUGCUGUACGGUAAGGACAAUCAGAACGGAGACAUACGCAAAUAUAAACGUUCCGGAAGUCUUGUCAUAUUCUGUAAUUAUUACUUUGUUGUAGGCCUGAUCGUCGGAGUCAUCAUUCGCUACACAAGUAAUGAAGUCGUUCCGCAGAAGCCGGUUUCGCAAAUCGUCCCGGUCAGCAGCAUCGAUGGGGAGCCUCCCGCCAACAUCGUGCUGAACGUGAGCGCGGGAGAAUACCUGUUCUCCAACCAGGGCCCGUACCAGGAGCACCAGGUGCAGGUCGUGAACCCUGAACUCAGCAAGGCGACCUUUGACCCAGAAAUAUUCUUCAACAUCCUGCUGCCGCCUAUCAUCUUCCACGCAGGCUACUCGCUGAAGAAGAGACAUUUUUUCCGCAACAUCGGCGGAAUCCUGACCUAUGCGUUCCUGGGAACGGCCGUGUCCACUUUCAUCGUCGGGUCUGUGAUGUAUGCCUUCGUGCUGAUUGGUGCAGCCGCAGAGAUAGAUUUCUCAUUCGUCGACUGCCUCUUCUUUGGUGCUGUCAUCUCAGCCACUGACCCUGUGACGGUGCUGGCCAUCUUUCACGACAUGCACGUGGAUGUGGACCUGUACGCGCUUGUGUUCGGAGAGAGCGUCAUGAACGACGCCGUGGCCAUCAUUCUGUCCUCAACGGUGGAAGGCUACGGGAAGACGACCAAGGCGUUCGACGGCAUCGCCUUCCUGACGGCCUUCGGGAACUUCCUGGGCAUCUUCGCAGGAUCCUUCGGGAUAGGAGCCGUCAUGGGCUGCUUCACCGCUGUCCUUACCAAAUUCACCAAGAUCAGAGAACACCCCCUUCUGGAGACGUGUAUGUUCUUCCUGAUGUCUUACAGUACCUUCCUCAUGGCAGAGGCACUGGGCAUGACUGGAAUUGUGGCUGUUCUGUUCUGCGGCAUCACCCAGGCCCACUACACCUACAACAACCUGUCGGAGGAGUCCAAGGCGCGCACCAAGCAGCUGUUCGAGCUCCUUAACUUCCUGGCUGAGAACUUCAUCUUCUCCUACAUGGGCGUGUCCGUCUUCACCUUCCAGCACCACCAGUGGAAGGGCGGGUUCAUCUCAGCCGCUUUCCUUGCCAUCGGACUGGGCAGGAUGUGUAACAUUUACCCUUUGACCCUGCUGCUAAACCUGGGGCGACAUCAGAAAAUCAACUUCAACUUCCAGAAUAUGAUGAUGUUUUCAGGGUUACGGGGUGCGGUGGCGUUCGCGCUGGCGAUCCGCAGCACGUCGUCGGAGGCGAGACAGCUGAUGUUCACGACCACACUGAUGAUCGUCAUGGUUACGGUGCUGUUCUGUGGCAGCCUGACCCUCCAGAUGCUGACCUGGCUCAAAAUCAGGGUGGGGGUAGACGAGGACCAGGAGCUGACCCAGCCCUUGUGUUUGGUGGGGGUAGACGAAGACCAGGAAAUGACCCAGCCCUUUGAGGCCGUCGACACGCUCCUUCCACCCCCCCUGGGCGACGGGGACCCCCCCAGGGACGGCCCGGAGUACAGAUACCUUUGUGCGUAUCUUGAGGACGAGGGUGAUGCGCAGGUGGACUCCAGAAGAAGAGGGAUGCGGUACGAGUCGGCUUGGCUCUUCAGAGUCUGGUACAACUUCGACCACAAUUACCUGAAGCCGACCCUGACACACGCAGGACCCCCCCUCACCGAGACCCUCCCAGCCUGCUGUCUUCCGCUGGCGAGAUGUCUUACAAGUACACAGGCUUACGAGAACCAGCACAACAUCCAGGAAGACAGCGACACAGACCUGAUCCUGGACGGCAGCGAGCUCUCAUACGGCCGCGCCAACUCCGGCAACGACCUCACGGCAACCGUCGUGACCACGCCUACCAACGCCACGCCCACCCUGCCGAAGGCCCCCGCGGAGGAGGAUGGCGCUGAGGGUGACCUUGGGCUGGGAGACCACGAGCUCCGGACCCGGGCGCGCGUGAUGCUCACUAUGAGUACGGGAGUUCCCGGGAAAGACAGCAGCCAUGUAUGACCCGACGGGUGACUAGCUGUAACCGUAGUAACUCUGUGUCGGUAGAGGUUAGUGCAGAAUGGUUCAGCUGUGGAUCCGGUAAUGUUUGGUUAAAGUGUUUCAAGUGUUGCUUUUGGCUUGUCUGCAUUGCAUUAAAGGGCUCCCUUGAAAAUCAGUUAAACUAACAGAAGGGACCACCCUUAAGAUGCUUACAUAAAUGAAAUAAGAUGCAUACAUAAAUGAAAUAAGAUGUAUACAUAAAUGACAAUAAAAAGGAUUUGUACUGCCAAACUAUGGCACUGUCUUGAUGACAACUGUUUACACAAUGGUCAAAAGUUCAGGCCUU